AUGAGACAGAGUUUGUCAGACUGUGUUACAAGACUACUCCACAUCCUUUGGCAAUGUUUAAGUCCCGAGGCUUCCUUAUUUAAGUGUCACGACUACACACUCCAUGCAUCCCUUUGGAGCCUUACUCAAUCUCUCCAUCUAUACGCCGACCUAGAGAUUCCUCUCUGGAUUCAACAUCUGAAGAGGGAUUUCCCCAGUUUAAACCACUGCUUCUUCAUUGAUAUCACUUUAACUGGUGCGUCAUGCUGGUCCCCAUCAUCAACGAAUACUGACACGAUUCAGCAGUUCUCAGACGCAAGGUCGAUUGGUCACGUGCCCAGGCACGUGCAUUCAAUUGGUGGAGGUCAAUUUGACUUUCGCCGACUAACUUACACAAAAGUCAACCCAAUUCCUUCAAACCUUCGGUCCAACCCCGCCAUUACCCCGCGUUCAUCCCAGAACUCUGUUCGCAGACACAUGUCCGUAAGCCAGUGCAGAGCCUUCUCCCUAUCUUCUCAUCAAGCCACCACUGACCAGAGCUAUCUUAGCAGCUUUGCUUUCAUGGUCUCAGACUAUGACCGGCCUGGUCUGUAUAGCCCUUAA